AUGAUAUUCUUAUUUGCAGCUUACUGCUGCAUUCUCUUGAUUGUAUUCUCUCAAGCUGUAUCAUCUUUUAGCUCACCAUUGGAUAUUUCUAAACAAAACCACCUAGCCUCUAAUUCAACUGGAGUCCUCGAUGUCUUCCAGGUGUAUCAGCCUAUUCCAUUUGCAGAAGAUGGUGCUCGCUGCAAUAUAACUCUUCUUCUUAUGGAACAUGAGUUUGCCUAUAGCUAUGGGAUCUAUGAGCCUCCUGAGUGUGAUUUUGAUACAGUGCGAAUCAAAUUGACCGUCACCUCGAAAGGUCGCCAGUUUGAUCGAUUGGGCUUGAUGUUUCUGGGAGAUACUGAAGUAUUCCGAACAUCUACUGCUGAACCUACUGCUAGUGGGAUACUGUGGACAUACGUCAAGGAGGUAUCGCAGUACAUUUCGCUUUGGAAGCAACCGCAGAAGCUCAUAUUCGACCUUGGUAACCUUGUGAACGAUAUCUACACCGGAUCCUUCUCCGUUAUUCUGAAGGCACACUUCUCAUACGAGAACAAUGUUCAAACCCCAAAUGUCAUCCUGCCAAUAUCUGCAAGGAAGUCCGCAUCCAAUUCUUCGAGCGCUUUUUCGUUACCGUCUGAUAAAGCUGCUGUUAGAUACAAGAUCCCCGCUGCUGCUUCGCGGGCUGUUGUGUCUAUUUCUGCAUGUGGACAAUCGGAAGAAGAAUUUUGGUGGUCGAAUGUCUUAUCGUCUGACACAAAUACAUUUCGCAGCACAGUUGGUCCGCUGUAUGGCUACUCCCCGUUCCGUGAAGUACAGCUCUACAUAGACGGAACUAUCGCAGGCGUUGUUUGGCCAUUUCCCAUAAUUUUUACCGGAGGGGUUGCUCCUGGCUUUUGGCGGCCCAUUGUAGGCAUUGAUGCAUUCGAUCUUAGGCAGCCAGAGAUUGAUAUUUCGCCGUUUCUCCCUGUGCUCACCGACGGACAAGAGCAUUUGUUUGAAAUAAGGGCCGUUGGUCUGAACGUCUCAAGCGACGGGACUGCUACUCUGUCAGAUUCAGUGGGUUCAUACUGGGUCGUCACUGGGACUGUUUUUCUCUACCUGGACAAGGACUCUGCGCCGAAUCACCCUAGCCAAGCCAUCACAGUAGAUGCACCAGCACCGCGAUUUGAGGUUACACGGGAUCUCAUCCAAAACGAGGCAGGAGUAAAUGAAUCGCUCUCAUACUCAGUCACUGCCCAAAGAAUACUCAAGAUAUCAUCUUCUGGUUUCUCAUGGAGUCAGAAUCUCACAUACUCCAAUGUUGGCCUGUUAUGGGAGGAAGGUAUCAGCCAAGUAAAUACACAGAUAACAACUGGGGAGAAUUUGGCGCAACACGGGGCCAAUGGGGAACAGAGUAAAGUCUCUUUCCACUAUCCCUUGCGUGUUAAUACGACAUAUAGGACCGUCGGUGGUACUACUACUAUUCAUGCUACGAUGCAGAGAGGUCUUCACUUCUCGGCCUUUGGGCUUCCGGGAAUCUCCACAUAUACAUUAGCUUCAAGGCCGUCAUGGCUGUAUACAACGCAAUCUGGGGAAGCAUUUCAACAAACUACCGGAACUUAUAGUGACACUAUCGAUGACUUUGAGAGCUUCGCGAACGGAGAACGUUACCACAGACACGUCAGGGCGGCCAAUGGCAGCGUCAUCGAGAUCAAUGGUUUACCUCAGGGAUAUACCCCCAGGGUUGUGUCUCAAGGACCAGGCAGAGAUAGUAUUAGAAGUAUCUUGGGAAGAGGGCCAAGUGAACUAUUGUUAGGCUAA